AUGACACUUGCAAAUUCAAACCAAAAUAAAGGCAACUGCUCCCAUAAGCUUAAGAGGUUUUCAACUACUGAGAAGUUUAUUAUGAUUGAGAUGUAUAAAGCUGGAAUGUUCAUUCCAGAAAUCUUCAGCUCCAAAGACAUACCUGUAGAAUCUCUUUGCAAUAUAAUAAAAAAAGGUGUUAGAAAUUUAACUAGUCAUUACAUCUCUGAAAAUACAGACAACUGUAUUAUCACUGAAGGAGUUGAACUACUUGCAGUUGUUAAGAUCAUCAUAAAUACAAAAGUUUAUGUAGAGAUUAUAGAAACUGUCUUUAAGCUAUACUAUCAUGCCCUAUCAAACAAUGAUAUAAAAACAUAUAUGUUUCAAGAAGAUAACAUGCCAUCACAUACUGCAAACAUAUCAAAGAAAUACAGAAAAGAGCUUAGUCUGAAUGUUCUUGACUGA